CGGACAGAGGCGAUGCACCGGUGCGGUGCGGUCAAGCGACUUGGACGGCGUUCUUCUAGCCUCGCCUCGCUAGUUCGUAACGUCAUCCUACCUGCUGCGGCUCAAGGCGACCAGGAGCGUCACGGGCGGUGUCGUAGGCUCAUCAACUGGGCUCAUCAGCCGGGCGACAUGGCAAGAGCAAUAACUGAACCCGCCUGUGCGACCACAAGGAGGCAGCCGGACCAGCCGAGAGGGAUGGACCUCGCUUGCAAUGUAGAGCGAACUCCACUUGCAGAGCGAAAUCAAACGCAGAGCGAACUCUUUGGGACUCUAUACUACUUCGUACGUACCACCCGACCACGAACGCUGUCUCUCAUCUUCACCCGCCAUCUCGCUUCUUGGCGUCACAAAGGGUUGCACGCUCGUCUCGUCUCGUGGAGACACUGCAUCGUCCCCGGCCACGACUCUGGAACAUAGAUUGGUAUCGCCACCGGGCCGUACUACGAUAAUGUCGCCAAUUACGGGGCUGGAUGCGGGCGAGGGUGCUCCGAAGAAACACGCGGCAGAUGGCGACGGGGUUUCAGCCGUCAUCAUGCAAUGCAUGUCGGGUGCUGCCGCACCCGCGCCCGGUGAGAUAACCAGUAGUGGUCGCACAUAUCUUGGGGCGAGCAACGCAACGCUUGGGGGCCAUCAGCAGAAUGGCGAUACCUAUGGGCCGCAGACGCUCUCGCAGUCGACGGCCACCACCACCACGGUCUUUAAUCUCAUCACCGUGGACACCGUCAAUUUCCACGUCAACAACGCCCCCGGACCAACCGAGCAUCCUCUGUUCGGCGCCAUCAAGCGCUUGGCAAUCGGCAUCUCUGCAUUUCUUGCCCAGAUCCCUUGGGCACUUGCGACCCUGAGGGGCUCGCAUGUAGGAUCGACCAUCGAGUACUACCUCGUCCAGCCCAUCUGGCUGCUGCUCAAAUAUCUCUUCUGCGCUGCUUCUCAUGGUGGGCCUCCGACGAAGCACCGGGUCGGUUCAGCUACCCAGCCCCGACCACCCGCCCCGAGCUCCCCAUCCAGCGCUCGUACCAAUUCAUUCCGUGGCUUCGAUUUUAGCCGCUUCCGCCGCAGGAGGUUUGUACUGUUGCACUUGUAAGGCAGUACGUGGCGCAAGAGUGGUGUGCUGAUGCGAGUAGUACCUGUUGAAGCCAGCCUGACGACUGAUGAUGAUCGAUUUAUUACGGCUACUAUAAGCGGGCGGCGACGGGUCGAUAACGGGCAGGCGUCGAUGGCAAAAUGCAUACUGGCAGGGGGGGGCGGCAUUACCAGUCGAUGGCGACGGCGGCGGCGACGGCGGAUGUAGCCUCGAGACAGAGGAGGGAUUGCUGGGAGCUUCUGUCGCUAGUAUCGCUCUUGUAUAUAUAUGUCGCCCAUACGUACACUGUACAUGCUUGUUUGGCUGAGAAGAGGGCGCAUUAGACCAUGGCAUGCCGCUUUCGCUCUUCCACUAGUUGCGCGUGGAC